AUGGCAGAUUUCGCUCCCCCAACUGGCCCGCCUCCUCCCAAGGCCCCCGAGGUCCCUGCCGGAUGGGCCGUGCGAUGGAACGACCAGUACAAGGAAUGGUUCUAUGUCAACGUAUACACGAAACAAUCCCAAUGGGAGAAGCCCACUGCUCCCGUCUUCCCCAGUGAUGACGGUGCGCCCGCCGGUCCUCCUCCCGGAUACGAGCCAGGCAACACGCCUAUAGUCACAGAUACCAAGAAGAAUCCCUACGAGGAUGUCACAGCUAAUGCCGGUGGUUCAUCCCAAGAUGAAGACGCCAAGUUGGCUGCUCGGCUCCAGGCCGAAGAAGAUGCGCGCGCGCGCAGUGGCCCUGGUGGUCCAGACGUUCCCGCAGGAUAUGGCGGCUCAAAUAACCCAUUUCCCCAGAGCAACAGUCCUUACCCUCAACAGCAACAAGGCGGCAGCAACUACCCCUCAGAACUACCCCCUAGAGAUCGGGGUGCUAAGAGUGGUGGUUUCCUAGGAAAGCUGAUCGGCAAGGGAAAACAAAUGGCCGACAAACGCCAACAACAACAACAAGGCCAAGGCGGAUACGGCAGUGGCUACCCUCAGCAGCAGCACUAUCCCCAGCAGUCUCAAGGUGGCUACCCCGGACAAGGUCCCCCUAUGGGCUACAGUGCUCAACCUCAUUAUGGCGGCGGUGGUUACGGCGCACCGGGCGGCUAUGGUGGAUACGGAGGCGGCCCCGGCUAUGGCCAACCUGGCGGCGGUUUCGGCGGUGGUGGUAUGGGAGGUGGCCGUAAACCGGGAGGUGGAGGCAUGGGCAUGGCAGGAGGCGCUGCUCUUGGUGCCGGUGCCGGUCUGCUCGGUGGUGCCAUGCUCAUGAACUCAUUCGAUAACGAUGAGCAAGAUGCCUAUCAAGACGGUUUCGAGGACGGUGCUGAUUUCGACGACGGCGGCGACUAA